AUUUAUCGGAUAAAAAACAUAACAGAAAAAAAUUUGAUCACAAAUUUACUUUUUUGGUGACUUAUGUGUGAAUGUUUGCCAUGUCUUUACUGAUAAUAAACUUGUUUUGUAUACUUUGUCUAACAUUUGUUGACCAAUCGAAAUCCAAUGCUCUUAUCUGCGGUCAGCCAAUAGAUUCAAUAUUAUCGGUAAUCAAAACUAUUGAUAAUUAUCCCAAAUUAUGGAUAUUUUCCGGUGACAACUAUUAUCUCGUCGAUCAUUAUGUAGUCGAUGGAUAUACAACCAGUAAUGUAUCGACAAUCGGAUCCAUUAGUAGUCUUAAUACAAGUUUAGUCGCACCGAUUGAUUUAGCAUUUGUCGACAACAAUCGCUAUCAUCUUAUAAAUAUCAAAACUGAUACCGAAUGGAUACUAACCAAUGAGUGGCAAUUAGUUGACAGUAAAGUAGGCAUCAAAAGACCUAACGGUACACUAUUGGAGGGUUUGGGCAAAACUUUGAAAUAUGAUUUGAUUUAUUUGGCCAAUAGUCGCAACAAAAUUGUCAUCAGUUCCAUAAGUUUUGUUAUUUGUAUACUCAUGAAGAAGACGACAACAAAGAUGACGAAAAAUGGCGACUACGAAGAGAUAGCGUUUGAGUGUAUGAAUCCCAACGAGACUGCCGUCAGUGAUCUCGAUGGACAGCCCAUCACCAAUGCUAUACUAACGCCAAGAGAGCUACAUCUGAUCGCUGGCCAACAUAUCUGUCCCGUACGGUUUGAUAGGCUUAUGGAUAGUACACUAUGGCAGCCAAUGUGUCGUCUUCUAGAUUUAGAUCAACUGAUUGCUUGUACGCCGCAAACCAGUGUACAGGCAGUCAUCGGUGGCACGAAAUCCAAAUCCGAUACUAAAUCAUUAAUUUAUAUCAUUUUGCUUAUUAUUGCUAUUAUAGUUGUAGUCAGUACCAAUUCAUCGGUGGGCACUUCGCUUGGCUUUGAUAAGAGUCACUCUCGUUAA